UCAGUGUUUACCUGUCAGGACGCGGAAUAGCGUCCACGCGAACAUCGUGGAUUCGUCGUAGUUCGAAACAGCAACAGAUCGCGUUCCUGGUCCAGCCAUGGUUCUGAGCGGGGCGGGCUAGAGGAGAGAGGGGGAUUUAAAUUUCCCUUUGGUCUCAGCGGCUUCUUUGGAGUUGAAGUGAGCGGAGACGAACGGAGCGGAGGCUGCGGCGCGCGCACAAGUUCUUAUCGGGUCCGGAACCGCAUAAUUCACCACACUGCGCUCCGUUCGCGUUAGUUCGUAUGUUUCGGAGCUUUGGGUCCUGUUGAAGCGCGGCGGCGGCGGCGGCGGCGGCGAGCUGAGAGCGGCUCCCGGAGUCGGGAUUUACCGCUGGAGUCGGUCCUAAAAAUGGAGGCUGUGAUCGAGAAGGAAUGCAGCGCGCUCGGGGGACUCUUCCAAACGCUUAUCGCGGACAUGAAGAGCUCGGCUGAUGAGACAAUUGGGAGACUUCCCAGCUGCUGUCGUUGCCUGAAGGAAUGCAGGGAAUGCAGCCGUCAGGGCAGAAGGCUACCUACCACAGGGUCUGAAGGCUUCAGAUGACCAGCAGUCAGGGAGUUUGUUAUGAAGCCUGCACAAUCAGCUACCCUGUUUGGGAGGACUUCAUCACCAAGGCUGGCAAACUGCAGUCCCAGCUCAAGGCAACAGUGGUUGCAGUGGCCGUCUUCCUAGACGCCUUUCAGAAAGUGGCCGACCUGGCCACCAACUCACGAGGUGGGACCAGAGACAUUGGAUCAGCGUUGACCAGGAUGUGCAUGAGACACCGCAGCAUAGAGGCUAAACUCAAGCAUUUCUCCAUGGAGUUUCUGGAGGAUCUAAUCAACCCUCUACAGGAACAGAUGGAGGAGUGGAAAAGAGGAGUAAAUGCUCUGGACAAGGAUCAUGCAAAGGAGUAUAAACGGGCUCGGCAGGAGAUUAAGAAAAAGUCCUCAGAUACCCUGAAACUUCAAAAGAAGGCAAAGAAAGCUGAUAAUGCCGGUCGAGGGGAUAUCCAGCCUCAGCUGGACAGCGCCAUGCAGGAUGUCAAUGAUAAAUACAUUCUGCUGGAGGAGACCGAGAAACAGGCCCUGAGGAAAGCUCUCAUAGAGGAAAGGCAGAGGUUCUGCUGCUUCGUGUCACUGCUACAACCUGUUGUGGAUGAGGAGAUUUCUUUGCUGGGGGAGGUCACCCACCUUCAGGCCAUCUCUGAAGACCUCAAAGCGCUGACCUCUGACCCCCACAAGCUUCCCCCUGCUAGUGAACAGGUGAUCUCGGACCUGAAGGGCUCAGACUAUGCUUGGUCAUAUCAGACACCACCCUCUUCACCCAGUACCACCACUAUGUCUAGGAAGUCCAGCAUGUGCAGUAGUCUGAACAGCGUUAACAGUAGUGACUCCAGGGGAUCCAGUGGCUCUCACUCUCAUUCUCCUUCCUCCUCUUCUUCCUCUUCUUCCUCACACCACCUCUUCCACCACCAUCACCCCUGCCAUCGGUACCGUAGCACCACACUACCGCAACAGACUCCGGCCCGGCUCGCGAGCAUCUCUUCCCAUGACUCUGGCUUCAUUUCUUCAUCACAAGACCAAUACUCAUCGUACAAAUCCUCAUCACCUAUGCCAGCGGAAGUAAAGCCCUGUCCCAGUUCCGGCUGCUCUGAGGUGUCAGAGACUGGGCAGCUUCACAGUGACUGCGGCUCUCCUUCUCCUCUAGCUGCUGCUGCUGCUGCUGCGCCUCAGCACGAUACUGACAAGUUGUCCAAUGGUUUUGACCACUACAGUCCAACCAGUUCCCCCUACCUGCACAGCAAUGGGGGAAGUUUAGGCUCAGUGUCGAGUACUGCCUUCUCCUUCCUCCCGGUUUCCUCCCCACUCUCCACCUCCUCAUCCUGCCCCACUCGUUCAUGGUCACGUCCUGCCUCAGCCUUGCUGCCAGACUACCCUCACUACUGCACGAUGGGCUCCACCAUGUUGCCUUCAUCGCGAGUGCCCAGUUGGAAGGACUGGGCAAAGCCAGGACCAUAUGACCAGCCUAUGGUCAAUACGCUGAGGAAGAAGAAAGACAAAGAAAUGCCAGCUGGAAUACACAACAAUAGUAGUUUGAACAGUGAUAACGGCCUCAGUCUGCCAGGCCUGACUUCUAUCACGCCCUCAACACCUGAGCUACAAACACCAAACCCAUCAGUGGAGGAGACCGUCAGGACUGUGGCUGCACCUCUCAAGGCUGGUGAUAGUGAGGCCCACGAAGAACUGACUCUGGCCUUAUCCAGAGGUCUGGAAAUGGACACCCAGAGGUCCAGUAGAGACUCCAUCCAGUGCUCCAGUGGCUACAGCACACAGACCAACACACCCUGCUGCUCUGAAGACACUAUACCUUCACAAGUAUCGGACUAUGACUAUUUCUCGAUGGCUGGAGAUCAGGAGCCAGAACAGCAGCAGUCUGACUUCGAUAAGUCCUCCACCAUCCCCAGAAACAGUGACAUCAGUCAGUCUUACAGACGAAAGUUCCAGACCAAACGCCCGGCCUCAACAGCAGGCCUGCCCUGCACCCAGGCUCCUAACCAUGGACAAGCCACUUACUCUGCAGGGCCCUGUCCAGCCACACCUAUCCACACAGGAGCCUAUCCGUCCACACCUGCUGGGGCUUAUCCUUCUACCCCUACAGGCUCGUGUUCUGGUCAGGGCUUUUAUUCUGGAUCAAGCUCCCAUAAUGCCUGUAGCUCCUAUUCUACAGGCCACGGUCCAGUUAUUGUCACGCCAGGGGUUGCCACAAUCCGACGCACUCCCUCUUCAAAACCGUCCACGCGACGUUCAGGCUCGGUUGUGGGAGCAGGCCCUAUCCCAAUUCGUACACCAGUCAUCCCAGUUAAAAUCCCAACAGUGCCCGAUAUGUCAGGAGCAGUUAACGGGAGCAGGUGUACUGGGGCGGGAGGAGAAGAAAGCCCAGAUUCGUUAAAAUUUGCAGCAGAGGACGAUGCUGGAGGUCUGUCUGUGGAGUCCUGGAGUGGUCAGGCUACAACCAAUCCUCCCACUGUUCCACUGGCCCACCAGCUGACCCAGCCGUACGACCACGGCGAGACGGGACCAGAGGGAGAGGAGGUGGGAGAGGGCGGAGACGGCAACAUGCUGGUGGCUAUUCGCAAGGGGGUCAAGCUCAAAAGAACCCUUACCAACGACCGCUCUGCACCACGCAUCGCGUGAUGGACCGCAAACAUUUCACUCACUGCCUCAGUGAUGAGUAAGUGGAUUCAAAGGCUUUAGAGAAACCUUAAUACAAAUGCGAUGUAUAUGUGAAAAAGUUGUUCAGCAACUACAUUUUUUUGUGUAUGUUCACGUGGACCUUUUGUGAGCCUAAUAAGAAAACGAGUUUCCUAUACAUACAGUAUAACUGAAUAAGGGAUUGUGGCCUAAGCAUUACAAUUAUUUCCAAUCCGAGCCCACGUCUGUGAUGACUGAAGACAGCAGCAAUACACCACUGGUCAGAGAUGUUCAGGAUGCAAAUGACGCACAUCUACCCAUUAUAGAUUAGGGCAUGGACAGUGUGGACUGAGUGCCUCUUCUCACUGUAAAACACAUUCUAAUAUAUAUACACACACAUGUAUUAUACGCAUACAUAGCUUUGGAAAUACACUGUGACCUUGAUGGACAAAUAAGCAUUUUUGCCCCACGGUGACCAUACUGCAUCAAGAGUGCAGUAUCCAGGUGCUCUACAAAGGGAUGGGAGGAUUGCUUACCUGGAGCAACGUGCUAUGUUGCCAAAGCUUUGCAAAACUUUAAUGUUUGAGCCUCUCACAGAACAUUACAGGAGCUGCCAAGAAAGCAAAAGAGGAACCCAGGGACUGAUCUGUCCCAGCUCGGUUCACUCUGUGACAAUUGGAUGCUGCAGCUUGGAUCAUAUAUAUUUUUUUUAUGUUGCAUUACAUUGUGUAAUUUGCAAAUGGCUUUGCACGAGUCUGCUUCCUGCUCUCUGUAUCUAGGCUGAGUUUCCAUUGGUUCCUCACGGUGCCAAAAUCAAUCACUUUCACUUUUUUUGAACAGGUUUUCUAGAUAUUUGUGACGAUCACACACCUAUUGUCUGACGGUGUGAAUCUUUCAUUAUCAGUAAACAUACUGAGCUUUGGCAAACUCCUCAGGGGGUUGUGUUUAUAUAUUAGCUCCUUUUUGUAGCAUUUAUUAGCCAUAGUUCAACCGGUGGCCAUUUCUUGCUCUUAAUAUUAAAUGUCUAACUGCAGUGUCAAAAUUAUAUUUGAAUUUAAGUUUAUAUAUGUGUAAUGGACAUUUUAUAGACAUUAAUGAUGCAUUAAUGAGUUAAGAUGCAAUCGGUAAUAACAAACAGAUUUAGUUUCAUUUUCUUGCUCUGGUUGCAGAUAGAUUUAAUUUUGUUGUUUUAUUUUAAGUUGUAUGAACAUGUAUUCAUGUUCUAGAUUUUUGAACGGUGACAAGUCAAGUUUAAACGGAUUCACAACUGUUGUAUCAUUUUACAAAUACACCUUUUAUAGGUACAUUAGUUUUUGUUCAGACUGCAGCAUUGUAAGACAAACGGUUAAAGCUCUUACUGUUACAGUUAUAGUCUAUUUUAAUUUUAAUCUCAGUUGAAGCACUGUGAGGCUGUGGCUACUACAAGAGCUAUGAAAGUGUAAAUAUUAUUUAGUUGUACACGUUAUGCCAGGAACUUGCAUGUUUAUAAUUUAUUAUCUUUCUCAGCCUUUAAAUCUCCUUUUCUGUAGUUUUUUAUUUAGAUUAAUGAUCAGAGUUGGUUCCUCUGAUAAUGCAGGUACUGUCUGAUUUUGUUCAGCUGAUUUUAGUUUAAGAAAUGUCCUACUAUGAUUCAAUGAAGCCCCAUAUUUUACACACGCGGCAGUGAUUUGUCUGCUUUUAAGGUGAAGAGCAGUUUGAGUAAAGUGUGUUGUUUGACCAAGAGAAGCACAAAAGUACAAACCUAACCACUUUUCGCUUUGUGAGGAAUGAUUUAAAUCAGUGUUAAGAUAAACGCAGAUUUAGGGCUAACGUUAAUCUGCAUCCACUUGGUUUUCAGUUCAAGAUUUUAUUUUUACUGUGUGUGCACAUUUGAGACUGAAUGAAGUAAAAGCAAUAAUGAUGAAAGGCUGGUUGAAAAUUCCCAGAGUGAAUAUGUCUGUACUCCAGCUUUAGGAAAACGUUAGUAUCUAGUUGGUGGUUGUUUCAUCGGACAGUUUCCCAACACAUCAUGGCAUUAAAUCUGCUUGGAUGUUUUGAGAAGCCCAGCAUUCAGUUCUCAAUGUUAUUGAUAGUAAUAUUUUUGUUCCAUCCAUGUAUUAUCUACGUGUAAUUUCCAUAUUGAAAUGUUUAGCAUAAAUAUAUAUUAUAUCAGAGUUGCCAAAUGUUAUUAUAUCCUAUGAAUAAGAGGUUUUCAUUUUGGGGGGUGUACAGGUCUGGUUGAAUUUGGUUUCUAGCCUAAUUUCUAGCUGAUUCUAAGCCCCUGAUGAGAGGUUGACCUCUCUGUCCCUGUACAGUUCAACAAGCUGUUUGGUUGUUUGGCGAAGUGAAAGCUUGUUUUUUUUUUCGUUGUAAUGACAGCUUUAGCAAUGUAAUAAAACCAUACAUUUUG